CCGCUGUCCUCCCUCUCCGCCUUCAGCCACAUCCCGGCCAGGCGGGAAGGGCCGCUGGAGCUCAGCUAUUUCCACCGGGAGGCCAAGACAGGAGGUGUUUCCACUUAUGAUGCCAUUUUUAAAAGACCAGAGGGUUACAACAAAAGUCUUCACCGAUGUGACAGAGAACACGCAAAGGGUCGUGGUCUUAACAUUAAUGAGGAGGAAAUGGCAAGACCUGUUGCUGUUCUGUCAUCUUCGGAGUAUGGAAGACGCAUAAAUAAGCCCAUAGAGCAGCUGAUCAGAGAUCAUGCAAGGGUUAAUCGCAUGCAGGCAGAAUUCUACAGGAAAAAUGGCAUCAUCUGCUUAUUAGCAAAACCCGGCCUGGAUCCAUGCUAA